GCACAUCAUUCGCGCAAUCGCGGAAAAGUCCAACCCCAAAACUCCCCAGCCGGAGGCGAGGCGACCUGAGGAAGAGGAGAAGCCGCCGCCGCCGCAGUCAUGUCGGGGGGAAUCGCUCGCGGCCGCCUCGCGGAGGAGCGCAAGGCCUGGCGCAAGAACCACCCGCAUGGUUUCGUUGCGAAGCCGGAGACGCUGCCCGACGGGACGGUGAACCUGAUGACCUGGCACUGCACCAUCCCUGGCAAACAAGGGACUGACUGGGAAGGUGGAUACUUCCCUCUUACCCUUCAUUUCAGUGAGGAUUACCCUAGCAAGCCUCCAAAGUGCAAGUUCCCACAGGGCUUCUUCCACCCAAAUGUCUAUCCUUCGGGAACAGUCUGCCUUUCUAUUCUUAAUGAGGACAGCGGUUGGAGACCGGCUAUUACUGUAAAGCAGAUUCUUGUUGGGAUUCAGGACUUGCUUGAUCAGCCAAAUCCUGCUGAUCCUGCACAGACUGAUGGUUAUCACCUUUUUAUCCAGGAUCCAACAGAAUAUAAGAGGCGUGUUCGGCUGCAGGCUAAGCAGUAUCCCGCAUUGGUCUGAGAACAAUUGCGGCCAUCUAGGGAUCCAUGCUGCACAUCCGCAUAGUCGUUGCUAGUGUCUUGAAUGGAAGACCAAAUGUAACAUGGUGCUUUAAGAAGUAAAACUAUCGCCAUUGUGAACCAACUGCGUUUGUUAAUGGUGCUAUUAACUGUUUGAGUGUGUGUUUUGUGGGGUAAUGUCAAAACGUUUGCAUUGUCUGGUUUAUCUCAAGAAGAAUUGCUGUGUGUUGUCCGACU